CCUUAUUAACUAAUCCUUAUAUUUUUCCCUCUUUCACCAAUCUCAUCCAUAUUGCUUUGCAGCAAUGGGUCGUUCUCUUCUCUCACAUUUCAGUAUUCUCACCUUUUCCACUCCUCGUUUCACGUCUUGCGGAUACUUGAGAAAAACAAGGCUAAUUCGUAAACAUGAUGGGUUACAAGUUGGUAGAGAUUUUCGGUGUCUUUGCAGUAAUGUAGCUGUAUCUGAACCUGUUAAUUCUGAGACUUCUUCUUCAAGCACUGUAAAGAAGAGAAUAGUCUCCGGUGUUCAGCCUACAGGGUCAAUACAUCUGGGGAAUUAUCUUGGUGCCAUAAAGAACUGGAUACGCUUGCAGGAUACAUAUGAGACAUUCUUCUUCAUUGUGGACCUUCAUGCGAUAACUUUGCCGUAUGACCCACAACAAUUGUUAAGGGCAACAAGGGAUACAGCUGCUAUUUAUUUAGCAUGUGGUGUGGAUCCUUCUAAGGCUUCAGUCUUUGUGCAGUCUCAUGUUCGUGCUCAUGUAGAGUUGAUGUGGCUAUUGAGUUCUGCAACACCUAUUGGUUGGCUCAAUAGAAUGAUUCAAUUUAAAGAGAAGUCACGGAAGGCGGGGGAUGAAAAUGUGGCUGUUGCCCUUCUAACAUAUCCUGUGCUAAUGGCUGCUGAUAUCCUUCUGUACCAGUCUGAUUUUGUCCCUGUCGGAGAGGAUCAGAAGCAACAUCUGGAGUUGACACGGGAGCUGGCUGAGCGUGUUAACUAUUUAUAUGGAGGAAGAAAGUGGAAGAAACUGGGAGGGAGAGGUGGUGCAAUCUUCAAGGUUCCUGAACCACUUAUUCCACCCACUGGGGCUCGAAUCAUGUCCCUUACUGAUGGUCUUUCCAAGAUGUCGAAGUCAGCAGCAUCUGAUCAGUCGAGGAUCAAUUUGCUCGAUUCAAAAGAUGUAAUAGCAAAUAAGAUAAAACGGUGCAAGACUGAUGCAUUUCCCGGCUUGGAGUUUGACAAUGCAGAAAGACCUGAAUGUAACAAUCUUCUUUCCAUUUAUCAGCUAGUUACAGGCAAGACCAAGCAGGAGGUUGCAGAAGAAUGCAGAGAUAUGAAUUGGGGAACAUUCAAAGUCGUGCUUACAGAUGCUUUAGUUGAUCAUCUACACCCUAUCCAGGUACGCUAUGAGGAAAUUGUGUCCGACUCAAAUUACUUGGAUGAAGUUUUGGCAGAGGGAGCCAGAAAAGCAUCAGACAUAGCGGACGUUACUGUAAAUAAUGUUUACCAGGCAAUGGGAUUCUUGAGGAGAUGAGCAUAACCAAUGCUGCAUGAACCAAGAUGCAGAGAGGUCAAUGUGAUAUUUUAAGGCAGGCAUGCAUAGCUAUACGUUAAAUUUGAUUUCUUUAAUUAUACAUUAGUGCAUUUCUUGUAGAAAUUAAUGGAGAAGUUAGCUGAUAUUGCCAUAUGUGUUUCGUCACAUUGUUUAACUAAUUUGAGUACUCCCUACUUUUCUA